AUGAGACAGAGAGCAUAUUGUGUAUAUAUGUUUCGUAGUUCAGCCUUGGUUUUGGUUGUACAGCGAGGCAGUGACAAUCAACGCAUUUAUUCAGUGGGAUGCCCAUCUUCAUCGAGAGCAUCGACUCUUACUAUUCACAUUUCUUCAUUGCCUGUCAGAAGGCCGAAGAACGCAACAUCCAGCCAGUCAUCAACACCAGUUCGCGAGGUCUUCCUCAAACACAACGUGGAGGAGGACUACAGCGCAUGCCUCAUUCACCGCCACUACGACCUGGCCGCCAAUAAGUGUAACGUCGAGGCAGACGGAAAGGCUGUCGCCUCCUAG